AUGAAUGAUCCCCAAUUCGAAAUAUCACUUUCCUCCAUAACUCCCUUGACUCUCUACACUUUCUCGAAACGCAAACGACCUCCCCUCAUCAUGCCGAAGUGGGUUUUCCAUCACACCGCCGGUACCCUGACGCCCGAGGAGAAACAAUGCAUUGCCCAACAAAUGACCCAGAUAUACACGAGCGUCGGUCUGCCACCUUUCUAUUGCCAUGUCCACUUCUUCGAGCUGGGCCCAGAGAACAUCUACGCGGGAGGAGAGAACCCUCCUGCGCUCACCACCUUGUCCAUUUACCAUAUCGCCCGAGCCCUCGACAGUCAAGAGAUCCAGAACUUCUUCUUCAAAGCAGUGGAUGAUAUUCUGAGGCCGAUCUUAAAGCCCAAAGGUGUUGAGUGGGAGCUUGGUAUCUACGAGGCCAGUCGUGAGCUGUGGAGAGUCAACGGGCUGAUCGCACCACCGACGGGAUCCGAUAUGGAAAAGAAAUGGUUCGAGGCAAAUGCUGUUACGGAUGAAGAGGAACUAUUAAAGGCGCAGCCUCAUCCUUGA